CAUUUUGUCAUUGGCAUAUUUUAUUGUAUUAGUGUGACUUGUCAUAUUAUUUUUGAUCCUGUUUACUCACGCCCGAUCUUAUUAUUUAUUUGAUUUUGUGUAAAUAUAAAAAAAAAAAACGAAAAUCCUAAUAAUUUUGUUUAAUUAAUAAUUAAUACCGACUAUAUCAAGUUUCGUUUCGAUUUGGUGUCCCCCCUCCCCCAAAUCGUUUUCCAUCGCUCUUGGUUUACAAUCAAGAGAUCGCAUCAUGUAUACGACGUACCAGGUAAUGCUGGCCAUCGGAAUGGUCAUUACCGGAUCCAUCAACACGCUGAGCGUCAAAUGGGCAGAUACUAUUGAAGCGAACGGUACAGAUGGAAAGUCUCGACCUUUUGACCAUCCCUUUGUACAAUCUUUAAGCAUGUUUCUUGGGGAAUUCUUGUGUUUGUUGUUUUUUAAACUUGCUUACAGAUACCAUGUUAGGAGACAGCUACCAAUUGAGGAUAGCGCAUUAGUAAAAGGAAACCAACAGUUCAGUCCAUUUAUAUUUUUCAUUCCGGCCAUGUGCGACAUGGUUGCUACUACUGUUAUGUACAUUGGUCUUAACUUGACCUACGCAUCUAGUUUUCAAAUGUUACGAGGCGCUGUUAUAAUAUUCACUGCUAUAUUUUCCAAACUAUUUGUAAAUCGAAAAGUUUCUCUCCGACAUUGGUUGGGUAUAUUUACAAUAAUGGUUGGACUGGCUACUGUUGGUGCGUCAGAUUUCUUAACAACUAAAGACACAAAUAAGAACAAUUACACUACAGGCGGAAUUAUUACUGGUGAUUUGUUAAUAUUGGCCGCACAAAUAAUAACCGCCAUCCAAAUGGUGUAUGAAGAAAAAUAUGUGGUUUCUAAUGACAUUCCGCCAUUACAAGCUGUUGGUUGGGAAGGCGUCUUUGGUUUUUUGAUGAUGAGUGUACUCUUGGUGCCUUUCUAUUUCAUUAUAGUUGGUGCACCGAUAGCAAAUAACUCUCGAGGAUCGAUUGAAGAUUUUCCAGAGGCUAUUGUACAAAUCAUGAACAACAAAGUUAUAUUAUUAGCAUUGAUUGGUAACAUCUUUAGUAUUGCUUAUUUCAACUUUGCCGGUAUCAGUGUUGCCAAAGAAAUAUCAGCGACCACUCGAAUGGUUUUGGACUCGGUCCGUACGUUUUUCAUCUGGACUUUCUCGUUGGCAGUGGGAUGGCAAGCGUUUCAUUAUCUCCAGCCUGUCGGAUUUUUAUUGCUCCUCAUCGGUAUGUGUAUCUACAACAACAUGUUUGAAGCCCUAAUAAGAAGAUCAAGAACCGUCGUCGCCUAUCCUACGGACGAACCUAUCAUUAGCGCACAAGCGUAAUUUUAUCAUUGAAUCUCAACGUUUUAAUUCUAAAGGAGUUCAGACAGCAGUCUUCUCUAGACGACUUUGCUUUGUUUAACUUCUAAAAAGUGUCAAUUAAUCAAAUAAUAAGUAACUUUAUCUUUGGGAUUAAUUUGUAAGUUGUGGGUUAAAAUAUAUAUAUAUUUAAAGUUUUUCAAUACGUAUAAAAAAAAAUAUAUUCAAAAGAAAACACAAUAUUUAUUUUUUGAAAAAAAUAAUCUCUUAAUAAUUUUAGUUUUUGACGCCAUACACUGUAAUAUUGAAUUGUAAA